AUUGGUCGAACACGUGUGACGCAACUUCCGGGCGAGUUUGUGUUGACGCAAUGAUCUGAAGGUUGCGAAGCAGAGCAGCAGCGAUAUUUUCUCUCUAUCCGCUCCGCAGACGCUUUCAUGACACUAAGAUUCAGGUUGUGGAGCUGAAGGCACAGAAUGGCGAGUGCAGCAUCAUCAUCAUCAUCAGCGGCAGCAGCAGCAUCAUCGAGUGAGAGCUCAUCUGCAGGUAAUGGACAGACAGCAGGUGACAGCAGCAGCAGUACUCAGGACAGCACGUUCGAGUGUAACAUCUGUCUGGACACGUCCAAAGAUGCCGUCAUCAGUUUGUGUGGUCAUCUCUUCUGUUGGCCGUGUUUACAUCAGUGGUUAGAAACUCGGCCGAACCGUCAGGUGUGUCCCGUUUGUAAAGCCGGCAUCAGUCGGGAUAAAGUGAUUCCUCUGUACGGAAGAGGAAGCACGGGCCAACAAGACCCCAGAGAAAGAACUCCUCCACGGCCUCAAGGACAGCGACCAGAACCAGAAAAUCGUGGUGGCUUUCAGGGAUUUGGGUUUGGAGAUGGAGGUUUCCAGAUGUCUUUUGGAAUCGGAGCUUUUCCUUUUGGGAUUUUCGCGACAGCGUUCAAUAUCAAUGAUGGGAGACCCCCACCAGCAGCUCCAGGAACUCCUCAGCACACAGACGAACACUUCCUGUCCCGCCUCUUCCUGUUUGUGGCUCUUCUCAUCAUGUUUUGGCUGCUUAUCGCUUAAACGCUCCUAAUUUCCAGGAGACGGCCUCGGGUCCUCUAGAAUCAGAGAUCACAUCAGUCAGAUAUCUCGCGAUGAUUUUGAAGAAAGUUUUCCGUCUGAGGUCUUUUUCUAUGAAAGAGAUCUUGUGACGGCACACCUGUGAUGUACUGUGAUCAACACUUCUGCUCGUGUUCGCUUUUAAAUUAACACCCGACUUUAUUUCUCUAAAAUUAUUCUUUUGAAAUUGUGGUGGCAGAUUCUGUUGCUCACUUUAAUAAAUCAAGUCUUUCAA